AGUGCAGAAUGGCUGCGUGACUGUAAAGAGCAAAGAAGGGCUGAAGUAAGGGGAGGCAGUCUUUACCCCACUGCAGGCUGCUGCUGCACCAUGUCUCUAGCUCAGACCAUCCGACUGUGGAAUGAGGGAGUGUGUGCUACAGACCGCAAGGACUGGACAGCUGCGCUGGAUGCUUUCACCUCAGUGCAGAACCCCCCUUCCAAACUCUGCUUUAACAUUGGCUGCAUCCACCUGAUCCUGGGGAAUUUGGCUGAGGCAGAGCAGGCGUUUGCCAGGAGCAUUAAUUGCGACAAGCACUUAGCCGUGGCCUAUUUCCAACGCGGGACAGUGCUUUACAGGAGAGAGAAGUACGAAUUGGCUAUUGAGGACUUUAAAGAGGUGUUGGCCCUGCUGCGAGGGAAUCAGCUGAUAGAUUACAAGAUCCUGGGGCUGCAGUUCAGGCUGUUUGCUUGUGAGGUGUUGUAUAACAUAGCCCUGCUCUAUGCCAAGCUGGAGGACUGGAGAAAAGCUGAAGAGCAUCUGACGCUGGCGAUAAGCAUGAAGACUGAGCCCCGGCAUAACAAGAUAGACAGGGCGAUGGAAGCCAUCUUGAAGCAUAGACUCUUUGAGCCGGCGGCAAUUCCUCCGGGGAAGCUGUUUAGGCCAAAUGAAAAGCAAGUGGCUCAGCUGGAGAAGAAAGAUUACCUGGGAAAAGCUACGGUCGUGGCGUCUGUGGUCGACAAAGAUAGUUUUUCAGGGUUUGCUCCGCUUCAGCCGCAGACGCAUGGCCCUCCACCCAGACCAAAGACACCAGAAAUCCUCCGGGCCCUGGAAGGGGAGCCUCACCGUGUGCUGUACGAGUUCAUGCCUGAGACCGCGGAGGAGCUGCAGGUCCUGCCGGGAAACAUUGUCUUUGUCCUGACGAAAGGGAAGGACAACUGGGCCACCGUCAUAUUCAACGGGAAGAAAGGGAUUGUCCCCUGGAACUACCUUGAGGCUGUGGAGCUCCAGAACCAGCCGCAGGACCGGGAGGAAACCCCCACCGAGUUGGACAUCCCUGCCCCACCCAGUUCCACCGCUCCGGAAAAGCCCAGGUCUUCAGCACCAGCUCAUGGACCUGCUACUUCUGGAAAACAGCAGCAAGAAGCUCCAAAGGAUGUAGGAUCAGCUACUUCAAACCCAUAUGUUCUCAAGGUGCAUUACAAGUACACAGUAGCAAUACCAGUCUGGCUUGGAAUCACCUACAGCAAACUCAUGGACAUGGUGUGCAAGAAACUGGAGCUCUCACCAGAGCAUACUAAACUGAGGUACCGACCUGUGGAGAGUGAGGAGCUGGUAACUCUGAGCGAGGAGAGCAUGAAGACAGUAUGGAGUCACACUAAAGACUAUUGCCUGACACUGUGGUGUGACGUCACAGAGGGAGACAAAGAUUUACCCCGAGGGGAAGAUGGCCAAUCUGAGGAGGGUACCCAGAAGACAUCACAGCAGCUGGAAGCAAACCUCGUGGUAGCACGAUACAGUUAUGAAGCCAUCCAGCCCGAGGACCUGGAGUUCCAGGCAGGAGACGUGAUACUCAUCUUAUCCAAAGUGAAUGAAGAUUGGUUGGAAGGCCAGUGCAAGGGGAAGGUGGGCAUUUUCCCCAGAGCUUUUGUUCAAACAAGUGAUGCCGAAAACCCUGAAAUCUAAUUCCACAAAAGACUAAGGAUCCCAGGACGUGCAACAGCAGCAUUUAAGAUGUCUCCUCUCAUUAACCUCUGUAUGCAGAAUUGUUACCCUUGUGUGUAAGAAAAGCCUUAAUUUUCUUUUUCACCUUUUGUUUUGCCCCAGUUCUUAUUUAAGCAUGUCCCAGUUAGCAUCUUGGUUAUGAAUCAUCUCCCAGCGUGGAGACCAGCCACUCAGGCCUGCCUGAACAGUUGUGCUUCUAGACGACUUGAGAAGCAGUUCUCCCUGUAUCUAUUCUGCCUCUGGCAAAAAUCAGGAAACCUCUUCUCAAGGAGGGCAGUGCUGUUCUAUUUAUGGCACUGCCAGCAAGAAUGUAAGAGGAGCUGGUGGUCAGGAGCAAAGGAUCAGGACAGGUUAAUCCUGCCACAUCAUUUGUCACCUGUCAGCCACCAUAACCCUCCCUCUCCUUUUCCCCCUUCUAACAUGACUGUCUUUUUUCUGCUCAAUAAAAUGGCUCUUCUUUCACAGUGCUACACCUUCACUGACCAGCAGCUGGGAUUUCUCAAAACCCUUAGGAAGGCACCUUUUCUCAUAUCGGAGCUACUAUCCCUUCUGGUAGCACAGGAGCUGUGGAUAAAGUUACUGUCAAAUUGCUGCACUGACAUUUACACUGUUAGGUGCUCUACACUUUUUAUGAGACAAUUUCCCCAUUCUAAGUACUAACAUGCAUGUUCUGGAAAGUCCCCACACUCCUAGCAGUAUAAAUAUUGGUAUUUGUAUUCAAGUAAAUUUAUCGUUCUUGAAAGAUAUCUGAAAACAGAAACAUGAAAGCUACCACACCAGUACAGUGCUGGCUUGCCUACACUGCCCCACUAAUAUGCCUCAAAGCUGACUUAAAGGUACUAGCCUCAGACGAGGCAAUUCAGUUUCCAAAGCUCAUUUAAGAAGUGGUCCCAUAUUGCUACUAUGACAAGAAGAGUACUAUCAAGGAUGGCGUAGACACCUGUGCCACUAAGACUUGAACUAAGACCAAACAUCCAUCAGGUAGUAAGGACAUGGUCAAUGCCAUCCUGAUGUGUAUAUGGACAAAUGGCCUGUGGGCAAAAUGCUCAACAUCUCAGUAUCAAUCCCCUACCAUCCCAAACUUUAUUGAUUCACAUACCACCUUCAAAAGAAACUGUUAAAAGUACCACAUGCAAAUUUCUCCUUUUGUGCACAUUUAUUUUAGACCUUAUUAGGCUCAACUGACGUAUUUACAAACUCAGUAAAGUAAGUGGUGAAUUAGGCUGGUAGACAUCUUCCUCGGGAAGUCAGAGAAAGGAGUUUGGCUGGGGGAGUCUGGGUGUUAGGUUAGAGGACAGGAGGUUUAGAACUGAUCAGGAAUUUUUUUUUUUUUUAAACAAAACAUUUCCCUCCCCGCACCAUCAGAAAAUGCAGCUUUAUUAAAACUAAAAUUUUCUACCGGAAUGUACCAGUUUUGACAAAACUCACGAGGGAAGGUCUCAGGUCUAGGAUGGAAUUUCUGCUCAAAACCAGAGAGAGACACCCCCUGCCCUCACACACACUAGAACAGCCUGGUGAUUUGGGCAUUCACCUGGAUGUGAGCGAUCCAGUGAAUAUCUAUUUAUACAACAGCUCCAACAGGAGCCACACCCAACCCAGCAUUCAAACCAGGAACCUGAACCUGGGUCUCACCCAUCCCAGGUGAGUGCCCUGACCACCAUGUUAUUGGCGAUUUUGGGAUAGGAUCUCUUGCUCGGUUUUACACACAUUUCAAAAGAACUCAGUUCCAUCAUGAUGCAGAAUUGGGAAUUUUCAAAAUGGUAAAAAGGUUCACGAGGGGAAAACCAUUUCCUUCCCAGCUCUAAUGGUGUUAGACUGAGGAUACAGGUUCUGGCUGGAGUGUAGAGGGGCUCUGGUGCUGAGAAUGUGAGAGAACAGGGAGGCACAGAGGGGUGGGGGAGUCUUAGCUGGACAUCCAGAGCUUUAACUGGACACCAAGAAGCUUCAGCCAGUUCACCCUUACUCCAAGGCUUCCAGUUCCCAGUUCUACUUUGGUUCUCUCUGAGCCAGGGAGCUGUCAGUCCCAUUGCAACACCGGCCUCACAGGAGUUUUAUACACAAAAAUCUCCUCCUAUCCUGGGCCCAUGACUCACAUCAUCAUCUUCUUCAUUAACACUUUCUGGGGCGUAAGGGAUUUUCCAGCCCACCAGUCUCUCUUUCUGGUCCCCAUCCUAGGGAGCCUCUCUCCUGACUUAAUGCUCUCCUGUAAUUCUCUCUUCCUCCUGGGAGUCACUUAACAGCUGGGUUUUAUGUUAAGGUGGCAACUACUUGAUUAACACCUGACCCCAUUCCCUCAGCUAGUCUGUGGCUACCUUGGAUUCCUGUUUCCUUAAAGGGGCAAUGUCCUUGGACAGGGGUCAGUUGGGAUCUCUUAAAAAGGAACAGCCCACCCUGUUACAGCCUCAUGUGUCACCAGUGAUGCACAUACCAGAAUUUGGAAACCCCAGCCCUAAAUCUUUCCAUCAGACCACAGGAUUAAAGUUUAACUCAUUCUCCGGGCUCUGGCAGUUUGACAUAAUCAGUCUUCCAACUGAAGGCUUUGCCAGGAACUCCCAUACAUCAUUUUCAAUUCAAUGCUCAUAGCCCCUGUGCUAUGUUUGCCUUUUGGGUCACCCAUGCUGGGUCCAAUCAGAAUCUCUCUGGCUCACUUAAUCUUUCAAUCCCACGUGGCUAUUAUAUUCCUUAGUAUGAACCUUGCUCCUUUUUCUAAAAAAAGAGAAUCUAAAUAACUUCCAUUCAGUUAGACAGGAAAUAAAUGCUACUCAGGCCUGGAUGGAGAGAACAUGGUUUAAUUAAAGGCAAAGCUGAUUUCAGCAGCUGCAGGUCUUGCACAGACAGACGAAAAACACAAAAAAGCUUACGACACAAACCAGUUUCUGUUGGGAAUCCCCGAGCCCUAUGCAACUCCGACACCGGAGGGUGGGAUGGGGAAUCCCGGCCCAAGACUCAGAAAACAUUCCAAACACCAGAUUCUCAUGCAGAAAUGGGAUUCUGUGGCUGGGACUCUGGCACUGCUGGGCGUGAGAUGGGGAACCUGGUUAGCUUGUCUAGAGUGCAAGAGUCAGUGACAGUUCAAGCACUGGAAUGUUGCAGCUGCCUGGGUGCACAGCUCAAAAUACACAAACUGGGAGGGCUGGAGAGGAGCACAGAAGGUGUCGGUUUGUAUUCACCACCUCUAGGAUGGGAGCUUCAUUCUUUAGAGCUUUCAAAGGAAAUACAUCUUAGAACUGCAACAGAGAACAGUAAUGUUGCUAGUGCAGGGGGGAGCCAGUCAUACCCUAUGAAGGGCAUUAAGCUCUAAUCUUCCCUUUUUGUAUUAAUUGGGGCUGCCCAGACUCCAGUGUCACUGAGGUUCCUGCAUGUGCUUUGCUCUGCAGCCGUUUCUCAGCUCAACGAUUCUAAAUCAUCACACACAAAACGCCCCUCUGGCUAGCAUUGCAAAUGGACAUUUAGCUUGUUUCCAUAACUUCCCUGGGAAACUAACAGAAAUUCUGUCCUUUUUUCUAUAUGAGAUUUCCAGUCUUCCUUUUCCCCUAAUAAAUAGCAAAUAAAAUGCUGUAUUUCCCUUUCUGCGCCUUUUCAGAAGUGAACGGCGCUAUGUUUUCUUCUGGGUGUGGGUUACACGUGUCUGUGAUGCCUGAAAUUUCACUCUGGAACUGGAGGUUUGGGGCUCAGCUGCAUGCGAGUCUGGAGUUGACGUAUACCUAUGGGGCUGUGUACACACCACACUGCCCGGCUGACUGUCUUCUUUACCCCACCAUGCUGGACCCAUUCGUUGUUUGUGAGAUGUUGACAUCGGGAAUAAAACUACGAGCAUCCAGCAACAAGGGGAAGGUGGGGGGUAGAAAGAAAAACAAAA